AUGGCGAAAGAGAAGGGCAAGAAGGCUUUGCUGGAAUUGCUCCGGAAGGAGGGCAACGAGGCGUGUGCAGACUGCGAGGCUCCAGAUCCAGAUUGGGCAUCUCAGACGUUGGGCGUAUUUAUCUGCUUAAAUUGCUCGGGCAUCCACCGCAACAUCCCCCAAGUCAGCAAGGUGAAAUCCGUCCGUUUGGAUGAAUGGGACAAUGCUCAAGUUGAGUUUAUGGCUUCCACUGGAAACAAUGCUGCGAAAGCAAAAUACGAAGCCGAAAUCCCACCGUUUUAUUACAAGCCAACUUCUUCGGACUGUCAGCUGCUACGAGAACAGUGGAUCCAAGCCAAGUAUGAAAGAAAAGAAUUCAUUUACAUUGAGAAGCAAGAGCCUUACUCUGCAGGGUAUCGGGAAGGAUUUCUUUGGAAGCGAGGCCGGGACAACGGGCAGUUCUUGAGCCGGAAGUUCGUGCUGUCUGAACGAGAGGGAGCCCUGAAGUAUUUCAACAAAAAUGAUGCCAAGGAGCCGAAAGCAAUUAUGAAGAUUGAGCACUUGAAUGCCACUUUCCAGCCGGCGAAAAUUGGGAACCCACACGGACUGCAGAUCACGUACCUGAAAGACAACAGCACGAGGAACAUCUUUGUUUACCACGAAGAUGGCAAGGAAAUGGUGGACUGGUUCAACGCCAUCCGCGCCGCUCGAUUCCACUACUUGCAAGUGGCGUUCCCGGGAGCCAGCAACGUUGACCUGGUGCCAAAACUGUCAAGGAACUACCUGAAGGAGGGUUACAUGGAGAAAACGGGGCCCAAGCAAACGGAAGGUUUCAAGAAGCGCUGGUUUACCAUGGACGAUCGAAGAUUAAUGUAUUUCAAAGAUCCUUUGGAUGCCUUUGCCAGGGGGGAGGUCUUUAUCGGCAGCAAGGAGAACAGCUACAAGGUCUUGGAAGGACUCCCGCCGUCCAUCCAGGGAAAUCACUGGCAACACGGAAUCACCAUCGUGACCCCGGACAGGAAGUUCCUUUUUGCCUGCGAGACAGAAAGCGAUCAGUUGGAGUGGAUUGCUGCUUUCCAGAAAGUGAUCAGCCGGCCCAUGCUGCCACAAGAAUAUGCAGUGGAAGCCCAUUUCAAGCACAAACCGUAA